AUGGGUUACGCCAACUCGAGUUUCUCCGCUUCUUCAUCAUCGUUAUUCACAACUCAAACUAACAAUACCGAUAACCCUAACCUACAAAAAGCGCGUUUGCGUUCGCGUUCAUCUUCUUCUUCAUUUUCACUUAACACUACUCAUCACCGUCAACCACCACACCUUCAUUUUCGUUCUUCCAAUGUCUUACCUCUCCGUUCAUCCUAUACUCGAUCCCUUUCUCAUUCUUCUAUGACUGUGAAGGCGGUGGCGAAGAAGGAGGAGCCGCUACACGUUAUGAUUUCCGGUGCUCCUGCUUCUGGUAAAGGAACUCAAUGCCAGCUUAUUGCUAACAAAUACGAUUUGGUGCAUGUUGCUGCUGGAGAUUUACUUAGAGCAGAAAUUGAAACCGGAAGUGAAAAUGGAAAGCGUGCGAAAGAAUAUAUGGAGAAGGGGCGGUUGGUCCCUGAUGAAAUAGUUGUCAUGAUGGUCAAGGAUCGUCUCUCGAAGCCAGAUUCAGUAGAGAAUGGUUGGCUUUUGGAUGGAUAUCCCAGGAGCUUAUCACAGGCUAUUGCACUUAAGGAGUUAGGGUUUGAACCAGAUAUUUUUAUUCUUCUAGAGGUCUCUGAAGAUAUUCUUGUGGAGAGGGUAGUUGGAAGGAGAUUAGAUCCUGUUACUGGGAAAAUAUAUCAUUUGAAGUAUUCUCCUCCAGAAACAAAAGAAAUUGCAGAUAGGCUUACUCAACGAUUCGAUGAUACUGAAGAGAAGGUUAAGUUGCGAUUGAACACCCAUCAUCAAAAUGUGGAGGCAGUCCUUUCCAUGUUUAAAGAUAUAACCAUUAAGUACUGCCUGCUACCGAUAUGGAGUAGGCAAUCUGCCACGACAUUAGAAAGAAUGGAUAUCCACGCUCUAAGGGCAUUCAUAUCUUGUUUUAAUGGACAAGAUGCCAAUGGUGCUUUUGAUGCACAUUCAAUCAUAAUUAAUGGAAAUGCCUCUCAGGAAGAUGUAUUUACUCAAAUUGAUGCUGCACUUACAAAUCUUUUAGAGCAAAGGAAAUCAUCUUCAGAAUCUAUGGUAGCAUAG